GAGAGAACGAGAGCUGUGCGGCGCACUAUCCAUAGCCAUAACCUAAAAUCUGCCAAUACCGCCAUUUCCAACGUUCCGCGCACUACACGCAAGUCUCGGCCCCAACCGCCCACCACCCUCGGCACAAUGAAGGGCUGUCCCAAAUAUCACACCAGAUGGCAAAAGGAGAAGCACCGAAAGAAUGUGCAAAGCGCAAAAGCGAAAGCCGAAAAACUCGGCAGGGCCUGCAACACGUUUGUGCUAUAUGUCACAUUCAACCCAGUAAGCCGGCAAAUGGAAGGGGUCUGUCAUCUGCCACCAGGAAUGCAAUUCCCGGACAUCAAUAAAUUUGUUCGCGAGCAGCUGUUGCCUGGGAACACUGGCGAAAGUCAGGAUCCGGACUUUACGCAUGUGCAGAUGGAGCAGGAAGACCACCGUGACCUCGGCAGUUCUCAGCAACCCGAAGCCACAAGAUCUUCAUGCAGCUCGCCAUCACUUGACUUGAGGGAGCUUUUUGACUCAGACCCUGAUGGAGAUUUUGGAGCAAUAUUAGCCGCAAAUGGGUCUCCCCCUCCCACGAGUUCUGAUCUCGAUCUCGUAUUUAGCUCCAUGGCACCACAGCCCAACCCAGGUACAGCGCUUUCGCAUCAUACGGACGAUCCCCUCGAUCAAACAUCUUUGCCAACUAUGGAAGCAGAGAACAGUUUGGGCAGUGCAGACCAUUCAGAUUCAGGCGUCAAUGACAUAUCCGUAAAUGUCAUGCCGGAGUACUCGCCAGCUGCAAUACCAUCUGACGAUACUCUACCUCAAACAUCAUCAACUACGAACGAGCAAAGAAGAUCAGAUCGACGACGUGACGGCAUGGCAGGAAAAGGCGCGGGCCGGACUCAGACAGAUGCAAGAAAAAGGAAAAAGCAAUUGCAGAGGCUUCAUCUAAUGGUGUGCUUGAAUCAAAGGAGGUUACCUCUGAUGAACUCAUUUUAGUCGUAUCAAAGAGAGAUCGCACUGGUAUUGAAAAGGGUCAACAUGAGGGGAGCGCUGCUUUCAGCCCUCGUCGGUGAAUGCUCUGAAAAGCUGGCGUCUAUCAGAAUUUGCUCUGCGCCACUCUUGUUCUAACCCCUGUCAUCGCCACCGGCAACUACCCAAUCGCAUAGCUAGGCAGGUCCCGACAGUUCGCUGGAUCCUGCUUGGCCCGGGCGCGUCAUACAUGUGUCAAGGCACCAACCCCCUGGACCUAGCUACCUGCAGUAGCCUUCAAAAAGUC